AUGCUUUUCAACUCGGCCUUGAUCUUCACGGUAUUCUUAACCGGUCUUUCACAGGCUGGACAAAAAUUCGGCCCUGGAUCAGAGGAGGGACCAAGAAUAACCCCCGUUUGCGCCCAAGACGAAUCAAUUCCAUUUGGAAAAUUCGAUCCGGUGGCCCUGACCUUCUGGCCAACAGACGUGUAUGGAGCCAAAUCUGACGGCGGUCAGACCUACCAAAAAUGUUCACGUGAUGCCAAAAAUAAAUUGCUUUGCCCAGGCAUCAAACAACCUUCUGACCUCCAUUGUUGUCCCAAUUCCCACUUCAUGAAACACAAUUGA